CGGGUGGAGCUUGCAAGCGAUAAACCGUGGGCUGCUGCUGCUGCUUGUUGGAGUGGAAAUUGUUUGACAGCAGAGGGAGAGGAGACCCGCGCCCAGGGACUGACACGACAAGUUGAGUUGUUUUAGCACCGCUUGGUCGGGCACCUUUCGAGCCAGGAGCGAGGACAACCCGGGGGCGACAAAUGAAUUGUCGGAGUCUAAGCAGCAACAGGGCACGGAGCGAAAUGUCAGCGACUGUUUCAGCCUCGAGCCUCUGAGGGAGCGCGACUAGUACACCGCAACGCGGAAAACAUUAAACGGGGGGAGAGAAUGCGAAUGGUGCGAAGAUACCGAAACCAAACAAAAUGGAAACCAUGUAGCAUCGCUCCAGCCUUUCAUAUAGCUAGAACUAACGUUAGAGUAGAGAAUAGAUAGCCAAGGAGCUAGGCGCAGCAACUAUAUACAUGUAAAGUUAUUCCCCGGUGGAGCUAAAGCGGAGCCCAGGCAGGAGGUGUCUGUUGAAUCAGAGGAGUUCAUCAGAGCGAACAAGAGGACAAACAGGAGGAUGCUUCGGAGGAGACUGACCCGUUUGCUUGGUGGUGAUGAGGGAAGAGUUCACAGCAGGACAAUCUAUGUUGGCCAUAAGUCCUCUCUCCCAAAUGAAGCUUUUAUUCCUCCAAAGUUUUGUGAUAACAGGAUUGUGUCCUCUAAGUAUACAAUCUGGAACUUUCUACCAAAGAACCUGUUUGAACAGUUUCGAAGAAUUGCCAAUUUUUACUUCCUCAUUAUCUUCCUGGUGCAGGUGAUAGUGGACACCCCUACAAGCCCAGUCACCAGUGGCCUACCUUUAUUUUUUGUCAUCACAGUAACUGCUAUCAAACAGGGAUAUGAGGAUUGGCUGCGGCACAAGGCCGACCGUGAGGUGAAUGAGUACCCGGUGACAGUACUGGAGAAUGGCGAGAUGAAAAGAAAACAGAGUGAGAAGAUCAAGGUUGGAGACAUUUUGGAAGUAGAAGAGGAUGAGACCUUUCCCUGUGAUUUAAUCCUACUACAGUCCAGUCGAGAAGAUGGCACAUGUUUUGUUACAACAGCAAGUCUGGAUGGCGAGUCCAACCACAAAACACACUACACAGUGCCAGAUUUAGAGAGUGAUCUGCAAUAUCUUAAUGCCACCAUCGAGUGUGAACAGCCUCAACCUGACCUUUACAAGUUUGUCGGCCGUAUGCACAUCUACAAAAACAGUCAGGAGCCUGACAUAAGAUCUUUAGGGCCAGAAAACCUCCUGCUGAAAGGGGCAAAUUUGAAGAACACUCGAAAGAUAUGUGGUGUUGCGGUUUACACUGGAAUGGAGACAAAAAUGGCUCUUAACUACCAAGGCAAAUCUCAGAAACGGUCUGCUGUGGAGAAGUCUAUCAAUGCUUUCCUUUUGGUUUAUCUUUCUAUCCUGGUGAGCAAGGCACUUGUGUGCACCACACUUAAAUAUGUGUGGCAGAGCAAGCAUGAUGAGCCAUGGUACAAUGAGAAAACACAGAAGGAGAGGGAAACUAAUCAGUACCUAAAAAUGUUCACAGACUUCCUUUCCUUCAUGGUGCUCUUCAACUUCAUCAUUCCGGUGUCCAUGUACGUCACUGUUGAGAUGCAAAAGUUCUUGGGGUCCUUCUUCAUUGCAUGGGACAAAGAUUUCUUUGACCCUGAAAUCAAAGAGGGGGCACUGGUCAACACGUCGGACCUCAAUGAGGAGUUGGGACAGGUGGAGUAUGUCUUCACAGACAAGACUGGCACGCUGACUCAGAACAACAUGGAAUUCAUAGAGUGUUGCAUCGAUGGCUUCCAGUACAAGCAUCGAGAUGGGAGAUCAGAAUUGGAUGGGUUUUGCGUCACAGAUGGACCUGUAAACAAAAUACAGGAAAAAGCUGGCAGAGAGAGGGAAGAGCUAUUUCUUCGUGCCCUCUGUCUGUGCCACACUGUCCAGGUGAAAGAGUCUUCAAACUACCUAGAUCAGAUUGACCAGGUAGAUGGUUUAGGGGGUGGCGAAGAGAUCCUACAUACACCGCAGACAGAGAGGGGCUUCAUAGCUUCUUCACCCGAUGAGAUUGCUCUUGUAAAAGGAGCCAUGAGGUAUGGCUUCACAUUUCUGGGCCUUGAAAGUAAAAAUAUGAAAAUUCUCAACAGGAAUAAAGAUGUUGAAACGUAUGAACUACUUCACGUGUUAAACUUUGACCCUGUGAGAAGGCGAAUGAGUGUAAUGGUCAGAUCUAGUACAGGUGACAUAUUGCUUUUCUGUAAGGGAGCAGAUUCUUCCAUCUUCCCUCGAGUCAGACAGGAGGAGGUAGAGAGGAUACGUAUGCAUGUGGAACGAAACGCAACAGAUGGUUAUCGCACACUGUGUGUGGCCUACAAACUUCUCAGCCCAGAGGAGUAUGCAAAGGCAGAUGAAGAGCUGAAAGAAGCAAGAUUGGCUCUGCAGGACAGGGAGGAGAAGCUUUUAGCUGUUUACAAUCAAGUCGAGGCUGAAAUGACUCUAAUAGGAGCAACUGCUGUGGAAGACCAGCUUCAGGAGGAGGCAGCACAGACUAUGGAAGCUCUGCAGGGAGCAGGCAUGAAGGUUUGGGUGCUAACGGGUGACAAGAUGGAGACGGCCAAAUCCACUUGCUAUGCUUGUGGAUUAUUUAAGAAAAACACAGAACUGCUUGAGCUAACCUUGCGCACUCUAGAGGAGGGAGGAGGGAGGCGAGAGGAUAGACUUCUUGAACUUCUACUGGAGUACCAUAAGAAAGCUUUUCAAGAUGCCCCACCAGUAAGAUUAGGAAUAACCAGGAGUUGGUCUGUAGCCAGCAACGAUUAUGGUUUUAUCAUUGACGGAGCUUCUUUAUCGAUGGUGCUCAGCUCUGAAUCCAACUCCAGCCGCUACAAGAACCUCUUCCUGCAGAUUUGUCUGAACUGUACUUCUGUGCUAUGCUGCCGCAUGGCCCCUCUGCAGAAAGCUCAGAUUGUAAAACUGGUGAAGAACUCUAAAGGCAGCCCAAUUACUCUCUCCAUUGGUGAUGGAGCAAAUGAUGUCAGCAUGAUUUUGGAAGCUCAUGUUGGCAUUGGUAUUAAAGGUAAAGAAGGUCGACAGGCAGUAAAGAACAGUGAUUAUGCUAUCCCCAAACUCAAGCACCUCAAGAAACUUCUGUUGGCUCAUGGACAUCUUUACUAUGUUCGCAUUGCGCAUCUGGUGCAAUACUUCUUCUACAAGAAUCUUUGCUUCAUCUUACCUCAGUUUUUGUUCCAGUUCUUCUGUGGCUUCUCCCAGCAACCCCUGUAUGAUGCAGCCUAUCUGACGAUGUACAACAUCUGCUUCACCUCUAUGCCCAUCCUGGCUUACAGCCUUUUGGAGCAACACAUUGGCAUUGAGGAUCUCUUGGAAAACUCUACCCUCUACAGGCAGAUUGCGAAGAAUGCCAUGUUGCAGUGGAAACUAUUCCUUUACUGGACCGUGCUUGGACUCUUCCACGGCUUUGUCUUCUUCUUUGGUGUUCGCUUUUUGUUCAGUAACCCAGCUCUGCAGGACAAUGGCCAGGUUUUUGGGAACUGGUCAUAUGGAACUAUUGUUUUCACCGUGCUAGUCUUCACUGUAACUCUAAAGCUGGCACUGGACACCCGGUAUUGGACAUGGAUAAACCACUUUGUAAUUUGGGGUUCCCUGGCAUUUUAUGUGUUUUUCAGUUUCUUCUGGGGAGGAAUAAUAUGGCCUUUCCUGAAGCACCAGCGUUUGUACUUUGUGUUCGCCAACAUGCUAAGCUCUGUGUCAGCAUGGUUGGUCAUCAUCUUGCUCAUAAUCCUCAGUCUACUGCCAGAGAUCCUGUUUGUGGUGCUCCUCAAGCCCCGUGGACCCCUUGCACGACAGAAAAAGCGGGUUGAGACGAGUGUGGGGGGCCCCCUGUCUCCCCAGUCUUCAGCCAGGCCCCUGCUCAUGCGAACCUUUUCAGAUGAAUCCAAUACUGUCCUUUAAACAGCUGGCAGAGGGUGAGCUCCUACAACCUUCCAGGUGAAUGCUGUCACACCACUUUCCUACAAGCACCUGAAGGAGCGUGAAUGAAAGGCAGCCUGGUCACGCCUCCAAAAUGCUCCUCAUUGGGAUUUUCUCUCAUACCUAAAGCAACUUCAAAGACGAGACAAGACCAUUUUUUAAGAGGAUUGAAAAGAUCUCAGAAAUGUAAUGACAUUGGGGCGCGGUUAAACAGUUUUGAUUUCUUUUUUUUUUCUUUUUUUUGCCCAGUCACCUGCACAAACGCAUGCCUGCAGAGCAGUGCUCCAGUAUAUUUUAUAAAAAAAAAAAAAAUUAAGACUAUGGGCAUGAACCUUCUUCCUUUUCCUUUUUUGAUAUCUGCUUACAUAUAAAAGCUGCCUUGCCAGUAGCUAACUACUUUGUUUCAUCAAGCAGCUGUAAUAUCCACUCCAAGAAUGGUACAUCUGCAUGAAGGCUACAGAAAAUACACUUCUCUGGUAUUUAGUCACUCUUUUACAAAUCUUUUUAUUUAAACCUUAUUGCUGCACUUGUAUUUCUGCAAUUUAUUUUCUUUUUCUUUGUUUUUUCAUGUAAAUCUUAAGAUAUUUUCACAUCUACAGAUCCAAAUCAUUCCAGAUGAAACAUUACUAAAUGUGAUAUCAGUGCAGCUGAAAGCAGCACACAGACUGUUAAAAUCGUUUUUUUGAUUAUUUCUUUGUUUUUGCUAUAAAUCUGAUAUCCAUUUUGAAUGCUAAGUUAACAGAGGGAUCAAAUGUUACCACUCAGUCCAAAAAGUGUGUUUGUGGGAACAUGUUAGUGUAAAGAAUUAAAGUGUGCCCCAGUAACGAAGCAUUACUUGGACCAUGAGCUUAAAUCUUCCAGCGUCAGAUUAUUUAAGAUUUCAUUAUGAGAUAAGAAAUGUAAUAAAUGUGCGGUGGUGUGCAUAGCUUAGAGAUGUAUGUGAACAUCGGCUAAAAAGCCAAAAUGAUCAGGUUGCGUCCACAAAGUGUGGCCUUAUGGUGUCAGGCCUGCCUGCAUACGUGUGUGGCUUUGUUUUAUAGAAUGUUUUGGAUGAGAUUAGCCACAAAUGCCUGUGUGUAAAGAAGCCCAGGUUUACUUGAACUUUGUUGAUUCGGGUCAUUAUGACGUUUUCUGCACUAUUUAGGAAACUGGUUUCUUCAUUGUGAAUUUAGCCACAUUGAUUUUACCUGAACCCACAUGCAUAAACUAUGGGUUAGAGAUUAGAAAAACCAAUAACCAAUGAAACGAAAAUCUACAGAUUAAGUCUAAGUUAAUUGUAAUUAUUGCUCAGCAUUUUUAUUUUGUCUCCUUAGAUGAAUUUCGGUUGUAAAAUGGCUCUGUGAGCUGAGCUGCAGAAUCGGCAUAUCUUUGGGUCACUGUGAGAUGCUGAUAGCAUUAACUAUUCACCUUUUCUCCUCUUUUAACUUCUCAUCUGUUGUUCUUUAUACAUUCCAUCCAGAUACAUGAUUUAAGACACUUUGAUACUUUUUUGUGAAAUAUUUUAAUUUCUCCUGUAAUCAUAUCAAAUAUAUCUUGCAUAUUUAUUAAGUGUAACUUUACUCAUAAAGGUUAUAUUUUUAUUACAUGUACCUUUAUAUUAUUCAGAGAAUGUUAAGCGUUGUGCCAUUGGGAGUGUGCCACUGGGUUAAAACAUUGGGGAGUGUUUUAAUCCAGAUUGAGCUUUAGACCACAUAAACCCCAUUCAUCAGUCUGUGAUGUUCCGAAAAAAAAAAAAAAAAAAAAAACAGGCAGCCCC